CGCGCGGCCCCGCCAUGGGAGCCGGGCGCGGGGCGACGCUCGCCGGCCCGAGCCGCCGCCGGGGCUGAGCGCGGCGCCAGCGCAGGGACUGUGGCUUUAUGAAGCGCUUCCCUCCGAUGUGAAUGCAGUGUCCCCUGUGGGAUGCAGUAGGUGAUGCCCAGCUCUACUGCAAUGGCAAUUGGAGCUUUCUCUAGUUCUCUUCUCGUUACCUGCUGCCUCAUGGUUGCCCUCUGUAGCUCCACCGUUCCCGUACAAAAACUGGCCAAGGCUCAAGACAAACAGGAGAUAAAGGCGAGCCAGGAAAAGAGAGAUCACACGUCUACAAGGGACAGCCAGACAGGUCCAGGGAAAAUGAAUGAGAUCGGCAGGAGCGGGAGGGAGGAGGGUAGCAGGGACUGGAAGAGCAAAGGAAACAGGAACUACUCGAACAAGGAGUCUUGGACUAAGCAAAAGCAGGCUUGGAACAGCCAGGGGACAAGCAGUAAAUCUGGGAGCAUUCAAGUGCAAGAACAGAGGGAUGCUGCCCCUGAGGAACCUCAGGUGGCUGAAGACUCAUCUCUCCCAGCAUCUGUUGCGAGCGUCACUCCCGAGCCUCCGGAGGAGUACGCCUAUCCGGACUACCGUGGGAAAGGCUGCGUGGACGAGAGCGGCUUCGUCUAUGCCAUCGGGGAGAAGUUUGCGCCGGGCCCCUCUGCCUGCCCCUGCCUGUGCACUGAGGAGGGCCCGCUAUGUAUCCAGCCCGAGUGCCCCAGGCUCCACCCUCGCUGCAUCCAUGUGGACACCACGCAGUGCUGCCCGCAGUGCAAGGAGAGGAAGAACUACUGCGAGUUCCGAGGGAAAACCUACCAGACCCUGGAGGAGUUCAUGGUUUCUCCGUGUGAGAGGUGUCGCUGUGAAGGCAAUGGCGAAGUGCUGUGCACGGUGUCAGCCUGUCCCCAGACCGAGUGCGUGGAUCCCGUGUAUGAGCCUGACCAGUGCUGUCCCAUCUGCAAAAAUGGAGUGCUGGUCACUGGGAAGGAUUGGAGGACAUUUGUGGUACACACGGAUCUCUGAAGAGCUUGCAAGCUGGGUCUGGUGCAGACUCAUGUUUGAGUCAGUUUCAGAUGUUCCAGAAAUGCUUAAUCACAGACUUGGCCACCAUGUGUCUUACCUUGAUCCAUUUCAAAGGCUCAUCCAAUUGUUCUCCCCAAGAGAACAAUUGUUUCUCCCCAAGAAAAUGUUUUUUCUAAUACAAAAAAGUCUCUCUGCAUGAGACAUUUCCUGCUGUGCCAGGCUGUGUGUCUGUGCCACACUCCCUGCACCAGUUAGGCAUGGCUGCACCUAGUAGGUUUAUCUCCCUCAGGCUGGACACAGCUUUGCUUCAUUUCCAUUUGCAAAGGUGUUGGCUAUAUGCUGAAACAUUAGUCUUGCCUUCAACAGAAAAUGCUUAAAUUCUUGCCCCUCAUUGAUGACCAUCUAGUUAACUACUUGACAGCAAAGUACCGCUGGUCUGCACUGUCAGCAAGGCCCUGCCAGUACAAGUCAUUCAAGCUCAUACUUCCAAGCCCAUGGAGCUCACCUUGUGUAUAACAGCCAUGGAUCUGGCUCAUUUUUCACAUGCUGUGAACACCACUAAACAUAUUCAUAGAAACCUUUGCUUUGCCACAGAGUUUCCUCAUGACCUUGAAAAAAAGAAUUUAGAACUUUCUUAUGUUUAAAAUUAUGAGAAUUAAAAUCUCUCUUGCCUCAUCUGUUUUAUUUUUUUCUUGCUUGAAUGUGAAUUACAGCAGAAUAAGUUUUAUUAUACAGUAGUGCAUUGUAUCAUGAUUAAG